AUGUCAGGAAUCUUGAGUCUCCCUAUCAUAGAUCUGUCCUCACCUGAUCAUCAUUCCGCGGCCAUUUCCAUCCGUCAGGCUUGCAUUGAGCAUGGUUUCUUCUACCUUGUGAACCACGGGGUGGAGAAAGACUUGGUGACAGCGUUUGAUGAGAGUAAGAGAUUCUUCUCACUUCCACUGGAAGAGAAAAUGAAGUUGGCACGCAAGGAAAGUAGAGGUUACACUCCUCUAGAUCCCACAUUGGGCUCCAAAGGUGAUUCAAAAGAGAGCUAUUAUAUUGGUUCUUUAGCAGAUUCAACAAGUGUUAAUCUGAAUCAAUGGCCUUCAGAAGAAUUACUUAGAAAUUGGAGACAUUCAAUGGAAUCCUUAUAUUGGAAACUCUUUGGAGUUGGGAAAAAGCUGUUCUCUCUAAUUGCCCUUUCCUUGAAUGUGGAUGAAGAUUUCUUUGAGAAGAUAGGUGCCAUAAACAAACCAUCAGCUUUUCUUCGGCUUUUGCGCUACCCAGGUGACAUGGGGCCCCAUGAAGAGAUAUGCUCUGCUCAUUCAGAUUUUGGUGCGCUCACCCUCCUAAUGACAGAUGGAGUUCCAGGACUACAGAUCUGCCGAGACAAGUCAAAGGAACCACGAGUCUGGUUGGAUGUGUCUCACAUGGAGGGGGGCUUUAUUGUAAACAUUGGGGACUUGAUGGAAAGGUGGACAAAUUGUUUAUACCGGUCAACACUGCACCGGGUCAAACGAACAGGAAAUGAACGCUACUCGAUGGCAUUAUUCCUAGACCCACAUCCUGAUUGUGUCGUGCAAUGCAUUGAAAGUUGCUACAGUGAAUCAUCUCCUCCAAGAUUCGCUCCAAUCCGCAGCGGAGACUACAUGGAUGAGCGUUCUAGGAUCUCACCAGUCUGAUAAGGAUUUAAAAUGCUCCUUAUAUUGAUAUAUUUAAAAGAGCUCAUGCUUGUAUAUGUGGCU